CAUGGAGGUGAUGGAAGGGAUUUGUUCCUGUGCUGACAGGCUGCGAUGCUAUUUCUGUGAUGGGGUGAAGUGAGCGUGGGUGCGAACAGUGUGUUUCUAUAGUGAAUCAAUUAGAACAGCAGUCAAGCGCAGGAGCUGCCAUGAGCAAAUUCCUUUUGGCAUUUUCUUUCUAUUUCCUUCACCUCAUUUGUCUUGUAAGCCGCGCUUCUUUCUAGCAGGCUCACUUGUGGUGUCAUUGGUGAUCUGGCUGUCCAUAAUGUUCCCCGCUGUUCAUUUUCCGUGGGUGGUAUGUCAGUGUUGAUAGAAGAGCCAGAAAGAAGGAUACAAGGAUUUCUUGAAAAGGAUUACUUCGCUCUGGAGUACAGCUAUCCAAGUCUGUAUUCUAUAAUACAGACACAAAGAACUGAAUCGUACAAUGAAGGACAUUGUGUCUAACAACAGCACAACUAGCAUCUCCCAAGCACGGAAUGCAGUAGAGCAACUCAAGAUGGAAGCUUGCAUGGACAGAAUAAAGAUAUCCAAAGCUGCUGCAGAUUUGAUGGCCUAUUGCGACGCCCAUGUUAGGGAAGAUCCACUUAUACUUCCAGUGCCUGCCUCAGAAAACCCAUUUAGGGAGAAGAAAUUCUUUUGUACUAUUCUUUAAUGUGGUUUUGUGACACACACAUUGUGCAUAAUAUUAGUAUAAUGUGACUUUAAGUUAACCUAUAGAUUACAGACAAACAUAAUAUAAAAAAAUAGCUCAUGUAUUAUAUA